AUGAAAGUAACAGCCAUUGUCGCACUAUUGGCAUUAACUGCGAGUGAAGUCGCCGCGUACCCUCGAUUGGGUGCAGAACAUGCCGAAAGACUCGCAAAAUCUCAACUUGGCAAGCGAAGUACGGCUGCUCGUGACCCACUUCAAAAGAGAGCCAGUUUUGAUGCUGCGUCGCAGUACGUUAGCACGACAGGAAAGUAUGCUUUUGUACCACCAAAUUUCGGCGCAGGAGAUGUUCGAGGACCUUGUCCAGGAUUGAAUGCCGCCGCAAAUCAUGGAUACAUCCCCCACAGCGGAGUCGGUACUAUAGGCGACUUUAUUGAUGGUACCAAUAGGGCAUAUGGCAUGUCAUUGGACCUCGGAACAUUUCUUGCUAUUUUUGGCGCCGUGUUCGAUGGCGACUUGCUAUCUUGGUCAAUUGGUGGACCGACACCUAAAGUUAGCCUUCCCCUUGGCAAUCUUUUGGGGCUCACUGGAACUCCUCAAGGCAUUUCUGGCUCCCACAAUAAGUACGAAUCCGAUACCUCUCCAACUCGCCCAGAUCUGUGGCUAGCUGGACAAUCCUAUAAUCUUGAAGUUCCACUAUUCCAGAAGUACUACGAUGCUUUGGUCGAAGGUGUUGGUGCCGACGAACAAUAUCAGAAUCUUCUUGACUUCAGAAUCGACCGCUUUAAUAACUCUAUCACAACCAACCCCUACUUCUUCUCUUCGCCCUUCGCAGGUGUUCUCGUUUCCCCUGCCGGCUAUAAUUUCCCAGUCCGAAUGAUGUCGAACAAAUCUGCAGAAUUUCCGGAGGGUUCAUUGACUAAGAAAGAUCUGAUGUCUUUCUUUGCCAUCACAGGCGAGUCUGGCAACUUCCAAUAUAACGUCGGCAAUGAACGUAUUCCAGACAAUUGGUACAAGAGAGCUAUCGGCGAUGAGUAUACCAUCGCUGGUUUCCUUACUGAUGUUGUCGAUUAUGCUCUGCAAUAUCCACCUCUUCUUGAUAUUGGUGGAAAUAUGGGAGCGCCCAAUACUUUUGCACCUGUCAAUCUUGGAUCUUUGACUAAAGGCGUGUUUCAAACUGGAUCCUUACUUGAGGGAAACAACUUGGAAUGUUUCGUUUUUCAAGUCGCACAAGCAGCACUCCCAGAUAUUGCUGCCGGUGCCGUUGGGAAUCUUGCAACUACCAUAAAGCCAUUUACUGACGUUGUUACUCAACGUCUUGGUGGCUUGGGCUGCCCGCAAUUACAAGGCAUUGAUGAAAGUCAAUUCUCCGAAUUCCCAGGAUACACUAAUUGCCAGGAUGGAUGUACGGAGUAUUAG